UCCAAGACACUAUACGACGACUUUACUCUCACCUGUAGUAAGAGUAUCUUUCAGUAUCCAAGCCAUGAUUAUGGUGUCCCACAUCCCUGCUAGCUAAUGUUGAAGCUAAACUCGACUAACAACCUUAAAUUGACGACACAUAUGCUUGCUUCUCACUCCCCAUUAUUAUUUUGAAUAAUUGUUCUGAAAUUGAUCUUCUAAAUUCGUUGUUAGAAAGGUUUCACACCUUCCACAUUUCAUUCACUCUUUUCUUCCAUUUUGAAUAAUGGGGAAGGAAAAACAAUCCGAGUCUUCCUCAUCCAUGCCUAAUCUUGAACCAGAUCCAGAAGCAAUAUCAGAAUUUGUAAGGAUUCAUGACGUGUUCUUAAGUUUCAGGGGAGAGGAUACUCGUUCUUCCUUCGUUUCACAUCUAUAUGCAGCUCUUCAAAAUGCUGGAAUUAAAGUUUUUAGAGACGAUAAUGAGCUUCAAAGAGGAGAUCACAUUUCAACAUCAUUAUUACGUGCAAUUGAAGAGUCCAAAAUUUCUUUAAUUGUUUUCUCAAAAAAUUACGCCAAUUCGAGAUGGUGCUUGGAUGAAGUGAAAAAAAUAAUGAAGUGUUAUAGAACCAUAGGACAAAAGGUUGUGCCAUUGUUCUACCAUUUAGAACCAUCUGAAGUGCGUCAUCAGACAGGAGAGUUUGGAAUAUCUUUUCAAAAUCUUUUGAACAAAAUUUCAAUCGAGAAGGAAUUGGUGCAAAGUUGGAGAGAGGCUCUUCGUCAGGCAGCUAGCAUAAAAGGGUCUGUAAUAGACAACCGCGGGAAUGAAAGUGAGGAUAUCAAGGAUAUUGUUAACAGCAUUUCACAGUUGUUAAAUAAGACAGACUUGUUUAUUUCAAAUAACCCUGUGGGAAUUGAAUAUCGGGUGCAAGAUGUGAUUAAUCGUCUAGACUUCCAAUCAAAGGGUGUUCAACUAUUAGGGAUGUGGGGUAUGGGGGGAAUUGGCAAAACAACCAUUACGAAAGCCAUUUACAAUAAGAUUGGCCGCAAUUUUGAUGGAAGGAGCUUCCUUGCAAAUAUAAGGGAAGAUGGGGUAAAAAUUGCUGGACAAGUGUGCCUACAAGAACAACUUUUAUUUGAUAUUUGUAAAGAAAGAACAAUCAAAAUAUCAAACAUUGAGUUAGGAAAAAACAUAUUAAAGGACAAACUUUGCCAUAAAAGAGUACUUAUUGUACUUGAUGAUGUGAAUACACUAGACAAACCGAAUACUUUGUGUGGAAGUCGUGAAUGGUUUGGCUCAGGGAGCGUAAUAAUCAUCACAACUAGAGAUCUGGAUUUAAUUUCAGGGAGAGUUGACAAAAUAUACAAAAUGACAACAAUGAAUGAAAAUGAAUCAAUUGAGCUUUUUAGUUGGAAUGCAUUCAAGAAAGCGAGUCCUACAAGAGAUUUUAUUGGAUUUACCAAAAAUGUAGUUGAAUAUUGUGGAGGAUUGCCGCUAGCUCUCGAAGUCCUUGGGUCUUAUUUGUUUGAUAAGACGAAAUCUAAGUGGGUUCUUGUAUUGGAGAAACUCAAAAGAAUUCCUAAUGAUCAAGUGCAGAAGAAGUUAAGAAUAAGUUAUGAUGAUUUGAAAGAUGACGAUGAGCAAGAAAUAUUUCUUGACAUAGCUUGUUUCUUAAUUGGAAUGGACCGAAAUGAUGUUAUACUCGUAUUAAAUGACUGUGGACUUCAUGCAGAAAUUGGAAUAAGCGUCCUUGUUGAGAGAAGCCUUGUGAGUGUUGAUGAUAAGAACAUGCUUGGAAUGCAUGGUUUGUUGCGAGAUAUGGGAAGAGAAAUUGUUCGUGAGGAAUCACCAAGGAGGCCUGAGAAACGUAGCAGGUUGUGUGAUCAGGAGGAUGUGAUUGAUGUAUUAUCAAAACAAACUGGAAAACAAAGUGUUAUAGGACUGUCUUUGAAGUUGCCUAAAGCUAAUGCAAAAUGUUUUAGUACUAAAGCAUUUGAAAAGAUGAAGAGUCUCAGAUUGCUUCAACUUGCUGAAGUAAAACUUGAUGGGGAUUUUGAAUAUGUUUCAAGAGAUUUGAGACUGCUGUCGUGGAAUGGAUUAAGUCACAUACCUACAAACUUCUAUGGAGAAAAUUUAGUUUCCAUCGAGUUAGAGAACAUCAAUGUCAAACGUCUGUGGAAGAACACCGUGAGGAUGGAGAAGCUGAAAAUUCUCAAUCUUAGUCAUUCCCGUUGUCUCACAAGAAGCCCUGACUUUUCCAACAUGCCUAAUCUUGAAAAGUUAGUACUCAAAGAUUGUCCAAUGCUAUCUAGGGUUUCUUCAAGCAUUGGAAAUCUCAAGAAAAUUGUUUUGAUAAAUUUGGAAGAUUGUAUUAGCUUAUGCGAACUCCCAAGAAGCAUCUAUAAGUUGAAAUCUCUAAAAACUUUCAUUCUUUCUGGGUGUUCAAUGAUUGACAAGUUGGAAGAGGACUUAGAACAGAUGACAUCUUUAACCACUCUAAUUGCAAAUAACACUGCAAUAACAAGAGUGCCAUUAUCAGUUUUAAGAUCAAAAAGCAUCGAAUUUGUCUCUUUGCACGGUUAUGAAGGAUUUUCAAGCAUUGUGUUUCCAUUAAUCAUUUUGUCUUGGAUGUCAACAGGAACUAAUGAUCUCCCAUUUCCAUUUCAAAUUACAUCUUCUGUCUUGUCAUCUCUUGUUUCUUUAGAUGUACCGAGUAAUAGAAUACAUGAACUUUCAUCUUUUUCGAACCAACUUCCAAGGCUUAAAAGUCUUUGGGUGGAUUGCAUUUCUGAAGAUCAACUUUCUAUUGAUUCAACAACAAUUUUGAAUGCUUUGUAUGCUAGAAUUUCUAUGGAAUUUGAAUCAGCUGCUAAUACAUCACAGGAAUCAAAUCCGACUUCUAUAUUAAUUCAAAUGGGAAUAAAUUGCCAUGUCACCAAUAUUCUCAAAGAGAUUUUGCAGGUUGAAGUCUCUUGGAAUUUGGUUGAAGUCAACUGGAAUUUGCUUCCUGGUGAUAGUCAUCCAAAUUGGUUAACCUAUAGUUCUGAAGGUUCUUCUGUAACUUUUGAAGUCCCCGAAGUUGAAGGGCGUAACUUGAUGUCAAUGAUGUGCAUUGUCUAUACUUCAACCCCUGAUGCCAUUACAUCAGGUCCCUAUAGAAACUUCGAUACUGAGAUAAUGACAGUAUAUGGCUUUAGUAACGUGUUAGUGAAAAAUUACACAAAGGCCACCAUCCAACUCUAUAAUUGUCAAACAUUUUACUUAUUUAAAAAGGAGUGGCAGAGGGUAAUAUCAAGUAUUGAACCAGGUAACAAAGUGGAGGUCGUAUUUGUUUUCAAGAAUGAUUUCAUUGUGAAGAAGACAGCAAUUUAUUUGGUAUAUGAUGCACAAAAUUUGAAUCACAUUGCUUGUAGCCGUGAUGAAAGUGAAUGGUCUGAAGAGAGUUUUUCUACUGAAGAGGAGCCCACUGAUGAUUUCAAUCAGAACAGAAAGAAGAAAAACCGAGUGGAAUGAAUCAAUGAAAAAUGGCACGACAAUGGUUUGGGUCCUGCAUACCUUUGUAUAGGCAACAAUUGUUUUCCAUUUUUGGCUGAAGUUUCUAGAUUUUAUCCAUGCUAAGUUUAUGUAAUCCUAUAGGGAUGUUAAUUUAAGUUACAAACCUUCCAUCUUGUAUCUAGUUUUUGGCAUGUGACUCUAAUUCUAUUAGUACUCAGUUUUGAAUUAUUAUUGAAACAUCUUCAUCGAAUAUAUACGCGUGUUUGGAUUCUCA